AUGUGGCCGUCAUGGUUCGCCGGCAAUGUGUUCCUCCGUGACUGCUACCCCGGCGAUCUCCCACCCUUCCCAGCCGGGUUCAUGACCAACGUGCUUUGCGAACUCGGUCAUGGGGGGUCAUCCUUGGGCAUGAAGCUCGUUCGUCAUGAACCCGGCUGGGAAGUACGUGAUAUCGCAGAGAUAGCAGACAUGGAGGAACUCAUUGCCGGAGAGCCAGAUGACGGUGACAUGGGCCCGGAGCUCCACGAUGAAGAUGGCGAGCUGGGAGGCAGUCAAGAUAUCGACAUGGUGGAUUCGGAGAUGGCAUCAAUGGGGUUGAUGGAUGAUGCACGACUUGAGUUUGGUGAUGCGGACGUCUGA